CAGGACACUAUCCUUGCUCUCCAAGUGCUGGCACAGUAUUCUGAAAUGAUAUAUACAGGUGCUACUGAUAUGUUCAUUGAUUUUGUCGCUUUAGACCUAAAUGAAAGACAUUAUAUCAACAAAGACAACAAAUUAGUUCUAAACCGAGAAGAAGUUCUUCAUUUUCCAAAUAAUGUAACAGUAUCAGUUGGUGGAGGAGGAUGUGCACUGCUUCAGGCUAAUGUAAAGUACAAUAUCCCAGAAUCUCCAGAGCCACCUCAGUUUAGUAUUGAUGUUGAUGUUGGCCCACCACUGUCUAUCUUGUCAGAUGAUCCUUCUCCACAAAUACAAGCAAACACGUGUGCUGGAGGAGACAGAGUUUUGACUAUAUGCUCAAGUUAUUUGGGAGAAGAUGAGUCGUCUAAUAUGGCUAUUAUUGAAGUGAAAAUGGUAUCAGGAUAUUAUCCCAGCAAGACAUCAUUGAAAGACGCUAAAAAGUCAACAGAUUCUAUGGCAAAAUAUGAAGUAGAUGGAAAGAAAGUCAUCUUUUAUUUUGAUGAGAUUACCCAUGAUACACUUUGUUUUGACUUUAUUGUUGAACAACAUAUUAAAGUAGAGGAUGUCAAACCUGGACAAGUAACUGUGUAUGAUUACUAUGACCGAGACUCAUCUGCAUUCAGAGCUUAUGAGUUUUGUGCUCAAGAAGAAGAAAAUGCAGAAUUUACUGCAUGUCCUCGGUGUUUGUCUUCCAUACCAGAAAACUAUGAAGACAAGGUUUGUACUGGUAUAAUCCUAAAAGUUAGAAACCAUGAAAGACAUCAUCAGAUCAAAGUGUUGGAGAAUCUUGGAAGGGACAUAUCGACGCAUGAAAUGAUUACUACUCGUUUGCCCAAUGGAUGUGUAUGCCAACAGUUAGAAAAAGAAGGUGGUCAUAAAAUGUUGUUAUUAACCAGCUCUGAUCUCUUUGAGAUGACAGAUGAAGAGCAGUAUUUAAACCUGAAUGCAGACACCUAUAUUAUAGACUGGCAGACCUCAUUUAAGGAUGAUAUAAUUAAUGCAGUCAAUCAGUGCGAAAACAACUAGUCUUUCUUUUAAUGAGAUCAUGUAUUAUCCAAAUAGUGGACAGAUAUGGAUGCCAGAAAUCUAUUGUAUGAAUUUAUAGUUUUGCACAGUAGUCUUGUUUUAUAUUUCAGUAUAAUUUUUUUAAAUAGUAAUUAAGCUUCAACUAGAAUCAUGUUUCAAAAUGUUUGAGAUUAGGAAUUAAGAUAACAAUUAUAAAUCAACUAUUAAUUAUGCUUCUUUUAAACUGCUUUGAAAGUGUGAUUUUUAUGGUGUGUAACUGAAUUAAAUUAUAAUAGUGUAGAUCCUAGAAACUGUUUUUAAUAUUUGAAGAGUGAAAUGGAUUUUGAUUUUUGUACAUGUUUUUUUUUUUACAUUUAUUGCAGAGUAAUUACUACUUUUAUAACAAUGUAUUUCGUGAACAGGCUGUGCCCAGUCAUGGAAACCACUGUAUUUUGUUGCUUUAAAAUGGCAGAAAUAAAUAUAUUUUAAAGAUCA